AUGAGGAGGACUAGUAGUUCUUACCCAGAUCUACGGGAAUUUUCAUCAAAUUGGAGUUAUGAAGAUGAACGCUGGCGAUUCUAUGAUGAUGUACAUGUUGAUACUUAUUGGGAUUCCGAUUCGAGCCAGCUUCAUCGUCGCCGCCGGAGCUUAGAGGAAAUUGAUCGAGAAAAAGAGCAGAACACCAAGAAUAUUUAUGUUGAUACAUUUGUAAGGCGUCCGAAGGAGGUUUCAGAUACUCCGCCUCUUCCAGCAAUGCCGACGCUGCACCCAGCUCAGAAACCAGAUUCUCUUUUUUGA